AUGUGUGGUCGCACAGGAUUAUGUCUGGACAAAAAACAAUUACGUUGCGCCUGUAGUUACAAAGAUAAACAAUCGAAUACCUUCGUCAAGCCGGAUUACCUCGAUGAACACAAUAAUGGGAAAGAAUACACACCGUCAUGUAAUAUUGCGCCUACCGAUGUCACUCCAGUGAUGAUAUCAUCUAGUAAAUAUAAUAAUUAUGCAAGAACUCGCAGAGUUCUCAAGCCUAUGAUGUGGGGAAUAAUCCCGCCAUGGCAUAAGGGCGACUAUAAAAAUCAUAACUUAAGCACAAACAACUGCCUUAUAGAAAAUGUAAGACAUUCGAAGCUAUACAAUCCAAUAUUAAUGAGUGGAGGUAGAUGCAUUAUUAUAGCAGAAGGAUUUUAUGAAUGGCAAACUACAAAGCAGACUAAGAGCAAACAGCCAUACUAUAUAUAUAUGAAACAGGAUUCCAAUAAGAUAAGCAAUCACGAAACUUGGUCCAACGAUUUUAGCAAAGAGGAAGGCUGGAAGGGAAUUAAGCUCCUACAUAUGGCUGGGCUAUAUCAUGCUUGGCAUGAGAACAAUAUAGUAAUCUACUCCUAUUCAGUAAUCACUAUGGAGUCUAAUAAAACACUAAGUUGGCUACAUCAUAGAAUGCCAGCUAUAUUAGACAGUGAGGAACAAAUUGAUGCAUGGUUGGACAUAGAUAAUGUUAAUGUUGAUAUGGCAUUGGCAUAUUUAAAACCCAUAAAAAUCCUAGAAUGGCAUCCUGUUUCGACAUUGGUAAACAAUGCAAGGAAUAAAUCGGCAGAUUGCAAUAAAAAGAUCAGGCUAGAGAUAGCUAAGACUACGCAAAAGUCAUUAACAGCUUGGUUCACUAGUAAAAGGAAAUCAAAUGAUGAUUCAGAACAAGAGGCUAAAAAACGCAAACAGUAA